UCUGCCAACGUUAAUCUGCUUCCCCAGCAAACCACGAGGAAUAUAGGUUCAUAUCUGAGAUUUGCAUCCAUCCGUCAUGACAAAUAUCACACCGGUGUGUCACCCUAAGUUGACCUCCAAAUGCUAUUGGGGAAUUUCAUGAUAUUAAAGCAGACAUAAAAUAAAAAAAAAAACCUUACCAGACAAUUAGAUAAUAGAGCCCUCUAUUAUGUUUGGUAAUUAUUCCACCUUUGCUACUCUCCAUUAUUCCUAAAGGUCUCUCAUUCUAUCUGAUCUCUCAUUCUGACAUGCAUACGCAAUGUGUCACGUCAGUGUUCCAGACCACUUUAUAUACCAAACCUGGCCCACAUAACUCUGAAAGACUGGAAGGGAGAAAGCAGCUCACUACGCAGGAUUUGCGACUUCAUCUUUGAGUCAAUAUCAGUCUGCACUAUGUGGAAGGUUUUCAUUCUAGCGGUGUGUCUGCUGGUCGCUGGUGCACAGACAUUUGAACACCCGAAUUAUGGUGUAAAGCUCUGUGGUCGCGAAUUCAUCCGAGCAGUUAUCUUUACCUGUGGAGGAUCACGGUGGAAGCGCUCGCUCAAAAGUGCAGAUCCUUCUGAUGAACUACUCAGCUCUCAGCAAGAGGACUCUGCGAACAUCUUGGAUCGGAAUCCAUUGCUAGAUGGUCUCCUGCAAAGGAACAGAGAUCUAGCGUUCACUGCAAUGGAGAACAGUCAAACACCAUUCAGCAGGUCCACGCGAUCUUUUAUCACUGAGGAGAUUUUGGAAGCCCUACGCAAAGCUGACCGCAAAGGCCGGGAUGUGGUCUUGGGUUUAUCUAACGCCUGCUGCAAGUGGGGCUGCAGCAAGAGUGAGAUCAGCUCCUUGUGCUGAGAGAAAACAAGCCAUUUACACUUUUGUUGAAGUCUUUGUAUGAACAUGGGUCUGUCUUAAUUUAUAUUCUCUUGGAUUAUGAUUUAUGGUUCUGUUAGAACCAUGUGUUUUUCCUUCCCUCAUGCAUUUUAAUAAAGACAGAUUGAAAAAAGUGUGUUACCCACUUUCACUCGUUUCACCACAAGACAUGAAUUAAACUAAAAAUUGUGGUUUACCUCCAUAAUUUUGAGUUGCAAUUGUCGUAUUAAAAUCGUUAUUACAGACGUUAACCUACGGAAGCAAA